AUGGGGUCCAACGUUCCAUUAACAACCGACGCGCUCGGCAGCCGGGCACGAACUGAACUGGUUUUGCCGGGCGAGAGGGACGGGGAAGACGUUCGGCGUACGAGUAAAUUUGAUCUCGACGGGAGUGGGGGUAAAUUGGAUACGCCACUAGCGCCGCCGUGCGGAGGCGCGUGUAAUUACGAAGGUGACGCCGACGUCAAGUGGACCGUCAAAAAUUCGAAAAUCCAAUCGAUUCGAUCCUCUUUCGUUUUGUAUGAUAUGGAAGAUGAGAUUGCUGAUGUUCCUUGA